CACAAUUUAUCCAUUAAUCGAAUUUUUCUCGAAAUGACUCUCAUCAAUAUAUUAUCCGUAACGAUUUCCUUGGUAUCUUAUCUAUUUCUCUUUCAAAAUGGAGAUGCUGUCGAUGUAGGCGUACAAGUUGGUGGUUUAGGUGUUCAAGGAAGGGUGGGGAUUGGUGGCGGUGUCAGAGCAGGACUAGCUGUUGAUGGUGCACGUGAUCUGCUGAGAGUGAAACGAUUAGGUCGUUUGCCUAAUCGUCGAAUUGGCGCCAGAAUUAUUGGUGGACGUGUAAUCAAUGCAGAAAUACGUGGUGUUGGUGGUGUUAGUGGUGUUAGUGGUGGUGAAAGUAGUUCACGAACUGUUCGAAGAAAAGUAGUCAUAGAACCAGGUGAAGAUGAUUUUGAAGAAACAAGGAGAAGAGUUGUCAAGAGAAGAGAAAUUGAAGAGCCUCCUGCUGAAGAAGAAACAUCGUCAGAAACACGUAGACGAACAAUUAAACGAACUGUUAUUGAAGAUGAUGGUGACUGGGAUUAUUAAUUAUUAAUUAGUUCAAGUGGGGAAACAAUAAAAAAACUGUCAAGAAA